AGCGAGUUUGUGGUCCCUCCCGAUCUGUUAGGGCAAGAGCUCAGAAUUUCUCAAUUUCACGCCCGCCAACCCACGUUCGUCGUCGAAACCGUCACUCACCACCCAAGUCGCCGAGAUGGUUCGAUACGCUGCCACCGAGAUCCAGUCCUCGAAGUCGGCCCGCGCCCGCGGUGCCUACCUCCGAGUGUCUUUCAAGAACACUCGCGAGACCGCCCAGGCCAUCAACGGCUGGAAGCUUCAGCGCGCUGUUACCUUCCUCGAGAACGUCAAGGAGCACAAGGAGGCCGUCCCCAUGCGACGAUAUGCUGGCAGCACUGGCCGCACCGCCCAAGGCAAGCAGUUCGGUGUCUCCAAGGCUCGAUGGCCCGUCAAGUCCGCCGAGUUCCUCCUCGGUCUCCUCAAGAACGCUGAGGCCAACGCUGAUGCCAAGGGUCUCGACACCGGUGCCCUGAUUGUCAAGCACAUCCAGGUCAACCAAGCCCCCAAGCAGCGACGAAGGACAUACCGUGCCCACGGUCGUAUCAACCCCUACAUGUCCAACCCCUGCCACAUCGAGCUCAUCCUGACCGAGGGUGAGGAGGUUGUCCAGAAGUCCGAUGCUGUUGUCGAGCGCGAGCACCUCAACUCGCGCCAGCGCGGUGCCCGUCUCCGCAAGGCUAUCGCCGCCGCUUAAACAAUCACCAACCUCUAUCAAAUAGACAAAAUUUAAGCGCUGGUUGAAAACUGGGUUUACGUCGGGCAUCUUCUGUGCUGUAACUGUGUGACUUUUGACAAGACUCUUGAACAAAGGGACACUACACCAAGAUUACAUUACAAAACUCGAUCAAUUGUUCUAGGGUUUUUGCGAGGGUGGUUCGUGGCUUUUCAUCAACUGGUGUAUGGCAGGCUACGGUGAGCAUGGCAUUAACGGGAAAUUCAUGCAAAAUUCGCAAGGUUUUCUUGACGAAAUAAAAUCAUUCAAGUCCUCCUA